ACUAAAAAUAAAAUGCAUUGUCGGUGUCGCGUAGAGGCCUUCUAUUGACAUGAUUUGAAAAUUGAAGACAAUGAAGUUUGUAAGGGAAUAACGGACGAUAGAUCUAGAUCUAGGUCUCGGUUCCAGGAGCUAGAACACACCGCAUGCACACCCCACCCCUGCUGAGCUGUCAGACGGCUGAGACUCUUACUCUUGGCCUUGGCUAGCCUAGAGUUUUUUAAUAAGAGCCGAGGGCGAGACCCUCUUAGCGUUGGUCUAAUCUAGAUUAGAUCUCUAGAAUCUAGACAGAUCUACAUGUAUGUAUAUCUAAGCUUACACUCGUCUCCCAACACAAGUCAGGCUCCACACGUCUGGGUCCACGCACUGAGGGUUGAUUGGUUCAGUAACUUCUCACUUUGCUUGGGAAAUAAGAUGAGUUUACCAGAGAGGCCUGCCAAUGUUUUGAAGGAAGGGAAGGAGGGAAAGGAUCGACGUCGACUUGUUUCAAUCACCCGUGUAGCGGAUCAAAACAGUGUCCCACAAGAAAUUACCAUCGUCAAAGAUCUCGACUCGUUUGGAUUGCUCAACUCUUCAGGUUACCAGAAUUCGGGUGAUAGAAGAAGUGGAACUUGGGCUAGAAAGUUUGAUUCCCACAGCUCGGACAUGAAUGAGUGGACACCAAGCCAAUCCAAAAUGAAGAAAAUAAAAUUUGAAUGGACCUUGGACGAAUCCCCGGACGAUUCUUCUCGCCCACAGGAAGCUUCAGAUGUUUCUUCUCACGAUGUCAACGGCAAAGCUAUAAACGAUUCUUCUCGCUUAGACGACACUACAGACAUUUUCCCAGAUUUAUAUGGAUCUUCGGAUAUUUCUCCUAAUAUCUCUGAUUCUUCAGAUAUUUCCUCUCCCGCCCCCGGUUUUGACAGAGGAAAACGGUCUCGAUCCUCUGGUGUGCUGGGAGAUGGAGGUCACAGUUCAGAUGACAAGGGUCAGAGGUCAGAUUCUUAUGCAACACAGGCAGUUGCUUCUGAGAGGAACGGUGACGGCGUAAGUGUUGCUGACGUGAAAAUAGAACUGGAGUCAGACGAAGAGCGCGUUGCCACGGGAGCCAUGCCACGUCUUCCUAGUUUUUCCCAGCUGUCCCAAAGUCUGAUCAAGAUGCGAGAGGGUUCCUGUUCGAGUGCAAGCAAGAAGAGAAGGCUUUCGGGACCUGUUUGUGUUUCACCUAAGCAGCGAUCGGCAUUGACUAAGCAGCAGCGGUUGAUUUUACCUAAGUCCCCACAGGUUUUUUCUAAUCCAGAAUCGACUUUGCAUAAACAGGGAUCAGUGAAACAGCAAGAGGCUGGAAAUCCUUCUCCAAAUACUCCCAUCGGGGGCAAGAAAGGUUCUGAUACCUUUCCCCCAGAGACUGGUAGACCGGAGGGUGAGAUCUGUGAUGGCAACCCACGUGUGGUCAUGGAGCGUGUCUGUGAGAAGCUGUUGCCGAGGUCAUCAUCAGUGUCUGCCUGUGUCAUGGGAGACAUGAGUUUGCCCCCUUCCUCCUCGUCCUUCUCAUCCUCAUCCUCUUCCGCCUUAGCAUCAGCAUCAGCAUCAGCAGUACUGCCAAAGCAUGUGGUGGAUCAGUUGCUCUCUCGAGAUGGUUGUAAGACUCGGUCAACUUCCAGCCUGGUCGUCGGUGGCACGAGUUUGUCCCUUUCCUCCUCCUCCUCCUCAGCAUCAGCAGUGCUGUCGAAGUAUGUGGUGGAUCAGUUAGUCUCUCAAGAUAGUGGUGGGACUGUGUCUGCGUCCAGCCAUGUUGAGGGGAGUGCGAGUUUGUCCCCUUCCUCCUCCUCAGCAUCGGCAUCAGCAGUACUGCCAAAGCAUGUGGUGGAUCAGUUGCUCUCUCGAGACAGUGGUAGGACUUUAUCGGCAGGCGGCCUGAACUCGCUCAAGGGGACAAAUUGCCUGUACUUCCUCGAGGUCUCCACACGCCCGACACCUCAGGCUCAGAGCAAGAAGCCUCACUCUGGCCUGCCCCUCCACGCCGACGUGGCAAGUUCUCAAUCUUUCGCCAAACAACGAAAUCUUACCCCUGCCCCUCUCGAUACUACUCCUUUGAACAACGGUGGGGGAGUGUCAGUGGUCAUUAGCGAUAAGGAAAAGUCUAUUUUUGUCAAGAAAAAGACACCUGUUAUCAUCAAAGAACAGUCACCCAUCGUUGUCAUACAAAAGUUACCUCCAGUUGUCAAGGACAAGUCUCUUUCUGUUGAGGAAAGUUCACCCCCUGUUGUCAUCAAGGAAAAAGCACCCAUUGUCAUCAAGGAAAAGUCACCCAUUGUUAUCAAGGAAAAGUCACACGUUGUCGACAAGGCUAAAUCACCAGUUGUCAACAAGGAAAAAUCACCACUCACCACUGUCAAGGAAAAGUCACCCGAUGUCAACAAAGAAAAGUCAACACUCAUCACUGUCAAGGAAAAGUCACCAGUUGUCAACAAGGAAAAAUCACCACUCACCACUGUCAAGGAAAAGUCACCCGAUGUCAACAAAGAUAAGUCACCACUCAUCACUGUCACGGAAAAGUCACCCGUUGUCAAGGAAAAGUCACCACUAGUCACUGUCAAGGAAAAUUCGUCCAAUGUCAAGGAAAACUCAUCGAUUCUGAGUCAAGGAAGUUCUACUGCUGUCGGGGAAAAGUCAUCUAUUCUGAAAAGAAAAGCAUCUGUUACGGAGGAAGAGUCAAUGAAAAGCCGGCUCACUCGUGCACGGAAUUCAGAACCUCCCUUGAAACGUUCAGUGAGGCUGUCAGCCAAGAGUAAUGUCACAGCAGCCAGAGAACGAAGAAGAGAAGUGGGUAAGGCUCUUGAGAGGAGGCGAAAUCAUCCACUGAGACUAGCAGCUAAGAAGAAACUACAGGUAAAACUGAAAUUCCAGAGGGGGGACGGGAGAGGCCAGCCUGGUCAGUGGAUUAGCCUCUUAAGAGAUGUGCAUACACGGAAAGACCUUAAGAAGGGUACAGGCAGCGGCAAACAGCGGAAGUUGGCUAAUGAUAAGUUGAGGUCUUCGAAUGAAGGAAAUGUUAUUUCUUCUUGUGCUAGGAAUCGUAAGGAUGUAACUGCUGAGGUAGAUAUAGUGGAACACGCUGUUUCCACAUCUGUGAGUGGUACUGGUGGAUCGAAAGAUAUUUCUGCAUCAAAGAGUCCUCAAGGAUCGAAAGAUAUUUCUUUGUCAAAUAGUGCAAAAGAUGUUUGUUUGGCAAAAGGAAAUGGGAACAGGGAGACUUCUGUCAGUUUGAAUGAUGUGAUGAUGGAACACGAAGGCAGUAAAGAUUUGGAAGUUUUACAGGAUGCUUCUGAUUCCUCGCAACUACCUUUUCCUCCUCCUCCUCCCCCUCCUCCUCUCCCUCUUUCCCCUAGUGUCACAACAACUCUGAGGGAGGAGGAGAAGGUGGAACUACAGUUGUCUAGCUCCUCACAGGAGAAAAGGAAAAGGUCGAGGGUCGGUCGGCUGGUGGACAAAGGUUUCAUGGAGACAGCCUCGUCGAAAGAGAAGGUGAUCAUCAGCCCCCCCAGCUCUCUAGCCUGGGUGAACUCGGCGGGAAAAGCCAUUUUGGCACCGGUGGUGCGUCACGGAAUAGACCAGUUGGUGAGCAAAGGGUGCUCACAAGUCUACCUGGAGAUGAACAGCACCAAUCAGUGUUACAAAGUGUGUACCAAGUCAAAACCUUUCAAACUUCUGCUCGUCGGUCGAUCGUUGAACAGAGGCAGCGCGCACAAGUCUCCUUCUGCUUCACGCAGUGUCAAUGUUGGCGAACAGACUGUGAAUAAAAAUGAAUCUGGGGAAUUAGCAAGUAAAGACUGUCAAAGAGUGAAUGGGGAUAAAUCUGGAGAAUUAUCAAAGAAAGAUUGUCGGACAGUUAAUGCAAAAAACUCGAGAGAAUUCAGACAGAAGGGCCGCCCGAGGAAGAAUAAAAAGAAAUCUGGGGCUUUAGCAAAGAAGGGCCUUCCAACAGAAAACGCAAAUAAAUCUGGACAAUCCACAGACACAGGUACUCAGACAAUGAUUUCAAAUGAAUCUGGGGAAUCCUCGGACGGAGACACAGGUCCUUGUGCGGUGGCUCCAACUUCUGUCGUUGCCAAGGAUAACGACUGUCUUUCUGACCAGCCCCAGACUCUGCCUGAGACUCAGGUGGUAGAAGAAGAAAGACAGGGUCCGUCAUCCGGUGGAGCCCUCCAGAAACCCCUGAAGGAGUGGUCACACGCUGAUGUCGCUGACUGGCUGGAGCGACUCAACUUGCUUUGGGUGUUGCCAGAUUUCCGGCAGGUCGACGGUCCCUCUAUGGUGGAGCUGGUGUCGGGCUUCACUCUCAACUCCUCUCUGAUCAUGCAGUACCUGAAGGAGAUGGGCUUGUCUCUGGCGGAGAACCUCAGGAUGUGUGCUGCCCUACGUGCGCUGGCUGACUCACCUCUGCACACGCUGCCCAAAAUGGCGUCGAGUUGAAGAGAAUCAAGACACAGAGAAAACCGGCAGCAAUUACAUGGAAAGGAAGGACAUGGAUGUAACCUGAACCAAUGUCUGUUGUCCUAUGGCAUUCAACUUUUGUUGGAGUGGUCGAGGAAAGUCUUUACAUGUAUAAAAUUUAUGGUGCUACAAAAAGAAGCAUUAAGAUGAAAUGUAUACAAAUUCAAAUUUUUUUUACGCAAGAAAAAUGGCUGAGGCAGUAAUGAUAUAACCAUGAUAUUAUGAUGUAAUGUGUGUUUGCACAUUGCUGACCAGCUGUUCAAAUGUACCACGCCCAAAAUGUUGAAUUUUAUAUUCAUUGCUCUUUCUUAAUCAGUGUAUCAUCAGUUGCAAGUGCUCAAGAAAUAUAUAUAUAUAUUGAAAUGCGAAUUCUAAAUAUUGCAAAAAAGAAAGACAAAAAACAAAAUUUCAGUACAGCUGUUAAAAGAGUGAAAAAUUUUGCUUUUUGGGCUCGGUUCAUUUCAAUAGCUUGCCGACAACUUACUGUAUACAGUGGAACUCGGUUUCAUCUAACUCAGAUUUAACUGAAGGAGUUGGAUUCUCCGAUUUUUUAAUGCAUAAAAAUCAAUAAAAAUAACUCAGAUUCAACGAACGCA